ACUGUGAAUCUGUGAUACAUGAACAAGAAUAUUUGUCCAUUAUAAGUAGCCAACAGAGCUCUUCCAUCUCUUCAGAUAGCAGACGUAUAUUAAAUUAAAGUCGUAUUUGCAUAUAUGUUGUCAUAAUAUAAAUAUAAUUAAAUAUAUACAUACAUAGCCAUGGUGGAAAUGGCGUUUUUGAUGAUUAUAUUCAUUUACUUGUUAUUAAAAGUUGCCUACGAAACCAUCCAUUGUUACUGGUUAACCCCAAGACGCAUCCAGAAAGCCAUGGAGAAGCAAGGGGUGCGUGGGCCCAAACCUCGGCUCCUUGUCGGAAACAUCUUCGACAUCGCCGCUUUAGUGUCGGAGUCCACCGCCGGCGACAUGGGACACGUCCACCACGACGUCGUACCCCGCCUCUUGCCGCAUUACGCCGCCUGGUCGAAGAUGUACGGGAAGAGGUUCAUGUAUUGGACCGGGGUGGAGCCCCGGCUGUGCCUGACUGACCCGGAUUUGAUCAGGGAGCUGCUUUCCCGGCACACCGCCGUCACCGGAAAAUCGUGGCUGCAACGGCAAGGGUCUAAACACUUCGUCGGCCGUGGGUUGUUGAUGGCCAACGGCGAGGAGUGGUGUCAGCAGCGCCGCAUUGUGUCGCCAGCCUUCAUGGGAGACAAACUUAAGAGUUAUGCAUGUUACAUGGUGGAUUGCACAAAAGAGAUGCUUCAAACAUUGGAAAAUGCAACGAAAACGGGUCAAACCGAGUUCGAGAUUGAAAGCUACAUGACUCGGCUCGCCGCCGAUAUCAUAUCCCGGACGGAAUUCGGCAGCAGCUAUGAGAAGGGAAAGAGGAUUUUCCAUUUGCUAACCAUUUUACAACGCCUUUCAGCACAAUCUACCCGCCACUUGUGCUUUCCUGGUAGCCGGUUCUAUCCAAGUAAAUACAACAAUGAGAUAAAAUCUUUGAAGCUAGAGGUGGAGGGGCUACUGAUGGAAAUCAUACGAAGCAGAAAAGAGAGUGCAGAAAUUGGGCGAAGCAGCACUUACGGUGAUGAUCUGCUGGGAUUGUUAUUGACGGAGAUGCAGAAAAAGCCGAAAGGGAAUACCAAUAAUGGGUUCCAUUUGAACUUACCGUUGAUAAUGGAUGAAUGCAAGACUUUCUUCUUUGCUGGUCAUGAGACUACUGCCCUAUUGCUCACUUGGACGUUAAUGCUUCUUGCCGCCAACAAGUCAUGGCAAGAAAGAGUUCGAGAUGAAGUCAAGCAAGUCUGCAAUGGCGGCCCUCCCUCCAUCGAUCAUCUCUCCAAGCUAACUUUGUUAAAUGCGGUAAUAAAUGAAUCAUUACGUCUAUAUCCACCGGUAACAUUGCUCCCUCGCAUGGCGUUUGAAGACUUCAAGUUGGGCGAUCUUCACAUUCCAAAGGGGCUAUCAAUAUGGAUACCCGUUCUUGCCAUCCAUCACAAUGAAGAAAUAUGGGGAAAAGAUGUGAAUGAGUUCAAUCCUGAAAGGUUUAUGUCAAAGUUCUCUUCUUCGCCAUCCUACUCCUUUGCCCGGAACUUCCUUCCGUUUGCUGCCGGCCCUCGGAAUUGCAUCGGCCAAUCCUAUGCCUUGAUGGAAGCUAAGAUCGUAUUGGCCAUGUUAAUAUCAAAGUUCAGCUUCGAAAUCUCCGAGAAUUAUCGUCACGCUCCGGUGGUCGUAAUCAGUAUCAAACCUAAGCAUGGUCUUCAAAUCAUACUCAAGCCUUUGAUCUAGCAAGACCUGUUUUUGUUUUUGUUAUAUAUAUGGCUAUGAAGAGUAUAUAUGAGUGAGUCUCACUAUAUUAUAGCUAGAGAGAGAAUGUAUAAGAUUCAAUGCAUAUAUUAUACAUCCGGAUGUAAAUUCAGAUGAAACGCGCCUUUAUAAUACCACAUGAUUUUUUUUCAAAUA